CUCUGGGAGCGUCACAGUGACAUCACUUAUAUCUAUUAGAGGAUACGCUGGGAAUCUUCACCAAAAGUGGACAAGGCGCUGACACGCUUGUCCAAAAAGGUGGCACUGCCUUCUCAGGAUACGCCUUCCCUCAAGGAACCUGCUGAUCGGAGGCAGGAAAUUACCUUGAAGCACAUUUACACUCACUCCGAUACUAUUGCUAGACCGGCUAUGGCGUCGGCCUGGGUUUGUAGUGCGGUGGUGGCAUGGGCAGAUUUCUUAUCUGCGGAGAUUGACACCUUAGAUAGGGAUGCCAUUCAAAUGACCAUAGAGCAUAUCAGAGAUGUUGCCUUGUAUAUGAGAGAUGCACAGAGAGACAUUUGUUUAUUAAGCUCCAGAAUAAAUGCUGUGUCUAUUUCUGCUAGGCGACUCCUGUGGACCUGGCAGUGGACGGGAGAUGCCGAUUCUAAGCGGCACAUGGAGUCCUUGCCGUACAAGGAGGGGAAGUUGUUUGGAGACGGCCUCUCGGACCUUGUCUCUACGGCUACGGCUGGGUUACACGGUAGUGAGGAAGACAUCCGGUAAGUUCGAGACACCCAGCAGCUGUCCCCGUGUGUCAGGAAGACUGAGCAGAACCCAGAGCCCCAUCACGGUGCCUCCACCUCACUCACUGAUACAUGAGAGACACAAUAACCAGAAGAUCCUAGAACUCACCAACAAGAUCAUUCAGCUGCUGACUGGAGAGGAGCGGGAGUAUAUAGAGGAACACAGGGGUCUGUACAAGGACAUGAUGAUGGAGAAUCACCGGCCCCUCACAUCACUGGAUGGACCCAGUAACAGAGAUACCCCAGAGAGAUGCCCCCGUCCUCUGUAUUCCCAGGACUGUACAGAGGAGAAUCACAGGACCCCACAGGAGGAUCAGGGUGAAGAUAGGAGUAAUGUGACUGAUAUGAAGGCAGAAGAUAUAGAGGGAGAAGAGGAGACGUAUGUGACUGAUAUGAAGGCAGAAGAUACAGAGGGAGAAGAAGAGACGUAUGUGACUAAUAUGAAGGCAGAAGAUACAGAGGGAGAAGAAGAGACGUAUGUGACUGAUAUGAAGGCAGAAGAUAUAGAGGGAGAAGAAGAGACGUAUGUGACUGAUAUGAAGGCAGAAGAUAUAGAGGGAGAAGAAGAGACGUAUGUGACUGAUAUGAAGGCAGAAGAUAUAGAGGUAGAAGAAGAGACAUAUGUGACUGAUAUGAAGGCAGAAGAUAUAGAGGGAGAAGAAGAGACGUAUGUGACUGAUAUGAAGGCAGAAGAUAUAGAGGGAGAAGAAGAGACGUAUGUGACUGAUAUGAAGGCAGAAGAUAUAGAGGGAGAAGAAGAGACGUAUGUGACUGAUAUAAAGGCAGAAGAUAUAGAGGGAGAAGAAGAGACGUAUGUGACUGAUAUGAAGGCAGAAGAUAUAGAGGGAGAAGAAGAGUCGUAUGUGACUGAUAUGAAGGCAGAAGAUAUAGAGGGAGAAGAAGAGACGUAUGUGACUGAUAUAAAGGCAGAAGAUAUAGAGGGAGAAGAAGAGACGUAUGUGACUGAUAUGAAGGCAGAAGAUAUAGAGGGAGAAGAAGAGACGUAUGUGACUGAUAUGAAGGCAGAAGAUAUAGACGGAGAAGAAGAGACGUAUGUGACUGAUAUGAAGGCAGAAGAUAUAGAGGGAGAAGAAGAGACGUAUGUGACUGAUAUGAAGGCAGAAGAUAUAGAGGGAGAAGAAGAGACGUGUGUGACUGAUAUGAAGGCAGAAGAUACAGAGGGAGAAGAAGAGACGUAUGUGACUGAUAUAAAGGCAGAAGAUAUAGAGGGAGAAGAAGAGACGUAUGUGAAGGGUGAUCUGCAGUGUAAGGAGGAGGAAAUCCCUACAGAUAUCAGCACAGAUGAAUGUAACAGAAGGAAUAUCUCGGAAGAAAAUCUAAUUUCAUCUUCAGGUUGUAAAAUAGAAGAUGAUGACAUCACACAAGAUUCUCCUGGAGAAACCCCUACUGCCCUACUCGUACCUCCUGUACCUCACAAUGUGCUUGUGUCAUGUGGUCCCUCUAAUCAGAGGGAAUGUUCUGAUAACACUGAUAUUGGGUCAUCUUCUACAGCUCUGACAGUAGAUAAAAUAUUUCCCUGUUCUAUAGAUGACAGAUGUUUUACACAGACCGCACAGCUUAUAACCAAUCAUCCAGCUAAGGGAGGUGAGAAACCAUUUCCAUGUUCUGAGUGUGGGAAAUGUUUUACCGAUAAAUCAAAUCUUGUUACACAUCAGAGAAGUCACACAGUUGACAAGCCAUUUCCAUGUUCUGAGUGUGGGAAAUGUUUUACACACAACUCACGUCUUGUAGCACAUCAGAGAAGUCACACAGGUGAGAGGCCAUUUCCAUGUUCUGAGUGUGGGAAAUGUUUUACACACAAGUCACAUCUUGUUGCACAUCAGAGAAGUCACACAGGUGAGAAGCCAUUUCCAUGUUCUGAGUGUGGGAAAUGUUUUACACACAAGUCAGAUCUUGUUGCACAUCAGAGAAGUCACACAGGUGAGAGGCCAUUUCCAUGUUCUGAGUGUGGGAAAUGUUUUACACACAGCUCAAGUCUUGUUAAACAUCAGAGACGUCACACAGGUGAGAAACCAUUUCCAUGUUCUGAGUGUGGGAAAUGUUUUACUGAUAAAUCAGAUCUUGUUACACAUCAGAGAAGUCACACAGGUGACGAGCCAUUUCCAUGUUCUGAGUGUGGGAAAUGUUUUACAUACAACUCACGUCUUGUUAAACAUCAGAGAAGUCACACAGGUGAGAAACCAUUUCCAUGUUCUGAGUGUGGGAAAUGUUUUACCGAUAAAUCAUAUCUUGUUACACAUCAGAGAAGUCACACAGGUGAUAAACCAUUUCCAUGUUCUGAGUGUGGGAAAAGUUUUACCGAUAAAUCACAUCUUGUUACACAUCAGAGAAGUCACACAGAUGACAAGCCAUUUCCAUGUUCUGAGUGUGGGAAAAGUUUUACACAGAAGUCACAUCUUGUUGCACAUCAGAGAAGUCACACAGGUGAGAAACCAUUUUCAUGUUCUGAGUGUGGGAAAUGUUUUAGAGAUAAAUCAUCUGUUGUUAGACAUCAGAAACUUCACACACAUGAGAAUGUGUAACAUGACAGUAAUCGAAUCUUGAUAAAACUAUACUUUAUUAACACUAUAUAAAAUUUGUAUAUAUGCAGAUGGAAAGUUAUUUAUCUUACAAAUAAAUCUAAUUUCUCACA